UCACCGAAACUCAUUUUCAAGCCCAAAGCCCUGGGGGCCAUAACAGUUCAGGUUAACCAGGGAAGAAGACAAGGGUUCGCCUCUGAAUUCUGAUCGGGACUUCGGAGACAGAGACCGAAGCAGACGAGCUGCGGAAACAGAGUCCAUUGAGUCGACAAAGGCAGAGAAAGCGUUAAGCAGAAGUCUGCAUUUUUACCAUACGAAGAGGUCGACUUGGGGAAAGCAAAGAGAAGAACCGAUAGGAAAAAUUGGGCAUUCGGGUUUGAAAAGGUGAGAAGAGGGAGAGAAAUCUCUAUAUGGUGAUGUUCGUUUCCUCUUGAAUAGCUCAGCUUCACGGUGGUUUUUGCCCUGUGCUUUCUCUCCUUCCCUAUGACGUCCAAGUUGCUUCCACUGAGAAGGUUCUCCAGGCUCCUAAACUCUCCUCCUUUUCUAUCUUUGAUUCAUGUCUUACCUCCCUCACCUACUCGUCUACUACAGUUCCCUGGUUCCUCCUGGGGGAUUCCUUGGUCUCCUUGUUCCCAUGAUUAUAGAAACUUCUGCUCUCCCUCCACCGAUCUCGGUGAUCGUUCACAUAGCCCCACGGCCAUUGACUACCGUUCUCUUCUGCAGGAGGAUGAGUUUCACAGGCUAGCCAAUUCUACAAUCCAUGACCUACAAGAGAAAUUUGAGGAAUAUGGUGACACUGUCCAAAUCGAUGGCUUUGAUGUUGAUUAUGGGAAUGAGGUUUUGACCCUUAAACUUGGCGCUUUAGGGACCUAUGUGUUGAACAAACAGACUCCAAAUAGGCAAAUUUGGUUGUCUUCCCCAUUGAGUGGGCCGUCUAGAUUUGAUUGGGAUCAGAAUUUGCAAGCCUGGGUUUAUCGCCGAACAAAAGCAAAUUUGUUGGAGCUUUUGGAAAGUGAAGUUGAGAAAUUGUGUGGCAAACCUAUCAAUCUUGCAUAAUAGUGUUGCCAGUUCUCUGGUGUUGCAGGGAAUUUAUGUUGGGAUUUACACCGAUUUCAAGUGGAAUCUUUGCUCGCAUGUCUUUCAUGAAUGCAAAGCUAUAUAUGAUUAGAAAGUAAGCUUAAAAUACAGUUCAAGGUUUUAUGUUUUAUGAUACUUGUAAAUCUUUUCCUCCUAGUUGAUUACUUCUUGUCUGUUCUUUUUUUCCUUUUUUUUUCCCCUUGUAACAAAAAAAGAAACAAGAAGAUACUGAAAAUGGAAAAUUAUGUCAUAGACAUGGUGUGUGUAUAUAAAAUAUGGAGGUUGGGAUAUCUUCAACGACUGGCAAA